GGCAGCUGAGCUCCGAUAAUUCAGUGCUUAGAGGGAGCCAAGGGAGCUAAAGCCAAGGUAACAACAUCCCGACUUUCCAUCCUUCAUCACCGCCCAUCACAUGCCAACUUUCUUCCAAGAACACAACAUCCAACGAGCAUACCAAGAACAACUCAUUGUUGUCUGCCUAACAAGGCAAACCCUUUUUAAUUCCUAUCAAACUUAUCUAAAUCGCUAUGUCCUCGCCCCUGCGUCUCGACACAAUAUGAUCAUCAGAAUAAUACGAGACGGAGGGCUAGUAGCGCAACCAUGUCGUUGCGACCGCUUGUAUCCUCGAAUGACCCGAGGCUUCACAAAGAUGACGACCCUCCGUUUGUAAAAAAUUCCACCCGGAAAAAUAUGACAACGGGCCAGUUGGACGGUCCGAUAGCUUCCGUUGAAUCUAGACAAACUACACCAGCCCCGAUACUUUCUCCCGUUUCCCAGCAGCGCCGUCAUGUCGUUAUUCCAGAUCCCGUAGCUUUUAGAUAUUUAGAAGAAGACCCGUCCGUUACCGUCGAACAGCGAAGACAAAAGCUUCAAGGCUACGAAUUAUACCUAGUAGAGCAAUGGGCAUGCUCCCGCCAGUCGCCGACCCUAGUUAUCGUCACAUAUACUGGAGAUGAGAAACACUACGUUGUGGUUGGGGUGCUAGGUGUCCCAGCGGAUGAGAAAGCUUGGACACCAAAGUUACGACUCUAUUUCAAAGCCAUUCAACAAUUCCACGCGCGACCGAAAGAUACCGAAUUGGGGGAGUUGAUGGUAACAAAUCUCAGCAGCUUUCCUUCUGCGUUGACUGUCAUACCUGUACCCGAUGGCGAUAUUAAGGAACAUCGAAAGGAGUUUAUUGUCAAUGAAGAUCUCAAGAGGCUAGGAUGUUCGGGUCGGUCUGGUAUGACUUUGUCCGAACCUGCCAGCGCGGCUAGAGCCAAGUUCUACCAGCUGUACAAGACCACCGACAAGGUACCCUUUUCCGACGCCGUCGUCGAAUUGGUCAAAAUGUGUCAGGUCGCCCUUUUAUUAUUCGGGAAGCUAGACCAAGUUUACAUCGAUGGUCUUUUAUGCGACAUUACCGAAACUGCUAUUGGGGAUUGGUGGACAGAAUUCGGGGCAGAGUACUACAGCAUAGAACCGACCGAUGGUAUCCUAGGGCCAACUACAGUCGCGGCAUUACUCGGAUUAUUGAUGGGUGCGCGAAAUAGGUUGAGCUAUUUCGGUGCGCCUGUUCCUAAAGAUGUGUUCGACAUCGACGCCAUGGAAAGAGGUAUCGCCCACUUCCAGAAGUACCAGAAGCUUGAGAAGAGGUCUCGCCGAUUGGAUCGGCAGACGAUGCAUAAACUACAUUCAGUAACUGCGAAAGCGGCUGCCGGUGAGGGUUGGGGUGUGCAGAAAGCUGUCAAAUCGACUAUGACCGAAAUAGGCGGCAAGCGAGGUGAAAUCGUUCUUGGGAUGGUUGGUGGGCGGGAUAAAGGUGGUAUCGGAGAUAUUGAAACCUCCGAGCUCGAAAGAUUAAUCAGUAUGGCCUCUGGAGAGCGGAUGAAAUGGCUAUUUUUUGGCAAACCUAAGCGAUCGACGGCUGAUAACCACGAACGACCCAUGCCCGACAUGAGCAAUAUUCUCUUUGGCAAGGACGAUGUCUCAAGUCAGGUUAAGAGGACACAUACGGGACCUCCCGAAGAAGAGAUUGAGGCCCGUCGGAGAGAGGAUACGCCAGGUGUUUACUCGACCCCUGCGCCUGGAUCCGCGGUUAGCGUAGUGGAUAGUCCCGGGGAAAAGGAGACUCUUCGGCGUGGACUGAAGAAUGUUGCUCGUGAUGCUCGGUCAGGCUUUGGUCGAAUAAAGGAUGCCAUGUAUAGUGGAGGUGGCCUCCGCGGCCAUACCAGCCGACCAUCCAAAGAUGAAUCGUCGGAGACUACGAUUUCUGGACCGCGGUCGUCUGUACUAACGGAUUCCUCGGCGGGGCUCGGAAGCCCAAGUCCUGUCCCUGGCCAGGUUGGUAGAGCAUUCACCUGGAGGAAUAAGCCCGAGGAAUAUCUAAGCGUUAUGAGGAGAGAAAGGGAUAUCGAAUCCGCACCAGCCUCGGUAGCUUUGUUAGGGACGGAAGAUUCACCACCUAAGGAGCCUCGAUCAGCUGCCCGAAUGAACGGCGACGCCCAUAAACUAAUGAAUGGCGACAUUAAACGGGUUUCACAAGCUGCGGAGAUACGAAGCGAAGUAGCAGCGGUGGUCGAAUCCUCCGUAGCAGAUUCGGUUGUCGCAGAGAGUGACUUACAAGGUCCGUUCGUCGAUGCGGAACAGCAGUUUACUACCGCUCCACCAAGUCUCUACAGGCGUCAUAGUGUAGGAGAUUUACAAUCCUCAGAACGCUUCUCUUUUAACGAAGCUAGAUGGCCCCGAAGAUUAUCUUUCGGGGACGCUGAAGAAGCUGUUCUCCGAUGGGAGGAAGUAGCUGAUCUCGAUCAAGACGAUGGAUUAGACAACAUAGCAGCACUAGAGAAGCACUCAUAUCUAACGGAACUAGCUAGGAGUUUGUAUGUGGAUAUUAUCGAUGUAAAACAGGGUAUUGCACCUUGGGUUGACGCGAAAAUUGAGUCAAUCGAGAAACUUGAUGACCACUACGCACAACAGCAAGAAGACUUACAAGCACUCUACGACCAACGCGCUCAUGCAUACCGGAGGGCUAAGGAAAACUCCCAAGAAACCAUUGCGGAACAGAGAGCACAUAUCACAGAAGCACUCGGUGAGGUCGGAGUGCAAGCGGCUAAGUUGGAGUACGAGAUUAACGCACUCGUGUCCCGAGUCCAAGAUGUGGAGGACGGGGUGGCGCAGUUCGAAAUGCAAGUGGAUGAUGUGGAGCGAAGAGCAGAGGAGCUAAAAACACAACUGGAGACAGAAAGUUGGCUGCACUGGGCGGUACGGACGUUAACGGGCAUAGGGACAGGCCCGAAUAUUACGAGGGAACGACGAUAGUUCUACUUUAUUUCCUUUGAUUCUCAUUAAGUUUAACUCGAAGUGUUACAACAUCCCUAUUCUACUGGAAAAUUUCCUUUAAUUAUGGAUUGGAACAUCAAAAAAGGGGGUGUAUGGAGCAUAGCAUAUGGCAGAGCGAAAGCAUUUUGGAGUUCGGCAAGUCUUUUUACACAUUCUUGUUAUUAUAAUUGUAUCUUUUUUGUCUUUCAGAUUUGUAUGUCUAGAUACCCGGGUCGGUGGAAUAGAUUAGUUACAAUAUUAUUGUUUAUUUUACUGAUG